AUGCCGUCAGACAGAAUUCAGUUAUUAGAUACAAGUGUCAUUUGCCAACUGAGAUCAUCUCUUGUCAUCACCUCAAUAACGCAAUGUAUCAAGGAGCUGAUUGAGAAUGCCCUCGAUGCAAAGGCUAACAACAUAGAAAUAUUCCUGGAUAUUGAAAAGUUUAGUUUGCAAGUAAACGACGAUGGUAUUGGAAUACAAGAUUUGAGUAGAAUAGGCCAACGUCAUGUUACAUCCAAAUGCCAUACAUUGUCUGACAUCAAGCAACUGAAAACAUACGGGUAUCGCGGUGAAGCAUUAGCUGCUAUUGUAAACGAAUCAUUGACCCAGAUCAUCACAAGACACUAUCUGUCAAGCGACACAUUUGAAGGGUUUUGGAGGGAUGGAAAGAUGGUGAGCGAAAUUUGCGUUUCCAAGCAUACAAGAAAGAACCGUUCAGGCACAAAUGUUGUUGUUCGAGAUCUGUUCUACAAGUUUCCUGUGAGACGAAGACAAAUAACUGAUUCUUCCUCAUCUUACCAACAAGUUGUCAUUUCUGAAUCUGUAAAGCGACUGAUAACAACGUUCGCAAUUUUAUUUCCACAUGUCAGCUUCAAUCUUGUGGACAAUGCUCGCAACAUCAAGCUUUUAACGCUGAAAAAGACAAGCUCGACUAUACAGACAUUCAAGCAGAUAUUAAACCAAGAUAUUACCAAGCAUUUUCAAACAUUAUCGAUGCAAUUGAAUAACCUCAGGACCAAAGCUUAUUUUUCGCCUAAAAGCUACCCAAACAAGUCUCAUCAAUACAUAUACUUGAACAAUUAUCUAGUUCCAACAAGCAGUGAUUUGUACAGAUGCGUAUCUGAUCUAUUCUCUGCGAGCCAAUUCUCAGUGGCCAAGGAAGAAGAGAGGAUGACAGCAUUUAGUCAAAGUGGAAAAGGCAGGUUUAUCCAAAAAUACCCCAUUUACAUCAUCAAGUGUACCUGCGAUACUUGGAGCAGUUACGAUAUCAGCGUUUAUUUGGAAAUGCUCGAUGGAUUUUAUGAUUAUCAAAACAUCAAAACUAUGAUAACAAGGAUCACCAAACAAUUUUUGGACCAUUCUGGUUUUACAAAAGAGAGAGUGAAUCUAGAACCGAAACCCAAAAGACUCAAGACCGGCAAGACCAAAAAGGAAGUUGUAGAUCCAUACGUAGCGCAUUCUGCAGCGUCAAGCCAUUCACAUGUAAGCGAAAUUGUUCAACAAGUACAACCAAAGACACAGCAACAGCAACAACCCGAAUACUUGACUUGGUGGGAUCCCAAUAAACAGACCAUGUUUUAUAUCGAUCCAAUCACAGGGAAUAGUUUCCUAUCGCCCUCUCAGUUAUCAAAAUCAGCAGCAGUACCACCACCUCCACCUUCAUCAGAUAUAAGCUGCCAAACAUCAUCAUCAAAACGCAGCAAUAUUGACAGAUCACACUUGAAAACAACGAGCAAUCAAUCGAAAAUCUCAUUAGACCUCCUCUUCAAAAACGAUACGCCAUGGCCUUCGAAAAGCCCCUUUCUCGAAACAUCUUAUAAACUAUCAAAGCAGGAUUUGCAAAACGCCACUAUACUUGAUCAAGUCGAUAAAAAAUUUAUAGCGCUUCAGUUGAAUGGCCCCAACAAGGUACUUAUCAUGAUAGAUCAGCAUGCGGCAGAUGAGCGCAUUAAGCUAGAAGAGAUGAUCUCCACUGGGAUACAAUCGACUACCAUUUUAGAGCCAAGCAUAGCCAUUGACAUUGAUUCAUCCACUGAAUAUCAAACGUUGAAAAACGAUGAUCGCAUAUUGAAAUGUCUGAAAAAGUGGGGUAUCCAGAUCCAACUUGUUCAAAAUGAUACUGCUGCUCGUGUCACAUCAUUGUCGCAAUCUCGGUACUUUGAUAUAUCAGAAGAGUCUUCUCAUUUUCAAAAGAGCAAAAUUUUUGUAACACAUAUACCGCAGCUCAUCACCGAGAGAUGCAUGGCCGACCAUUCUCUUUUGAAAAGCAUCAUUCUCGAUCAUAUGUAUUGGGUGAUGGAGCAGACGGAUGAGUUUGCUAUAACGAAUACAUGCCCUAGAGGAAUUUUGGAAAUAUUGAAAUCAAGAGCUUGUCGAAGUGCUAUCAUGUUUAAUGACGAGUUGACUGUUGAACAGUGCUCUCAAAUUGUAAAGAGAUUAUCGAUGUGUACUUUUCCAUUUCAGUGUGCUCAUGGGAGACCGUCAGCUAUACCAAUUCAUCUCGAUACUUCAUCGUCUAGACAUAGCUCUCAACGACCAACAAACUGGAAUAGAUUUAAAAUGUAG